AGGAAAGUCUGGUCCAAUGAGAUAUGCAGGCUUUCUCAAGCUACCCCAGUUAGGUAACCUGAUCUCUUGGUGGAUCCUGCAAGCUUUGCUAUUAUGGCAGACCCUGGGUGUAUGCUGCAAAGGGUCAUAAAAUUGAAAAACCGUCUCAGCCAUACCCAGGAUACCCAAAAGAUUAUGAAAGCACUCAAAGGACUUCAGGAUUUAGAAAUAUCCCUGGACAUCCUGGUGGAAACGGGAGUGGGGAAAACAGUGAACAGCUUUAGAAGGCAUGAUGAUGUGGGUAAUCUAGCAAAAUCCCUGAUAAGUCAUUGGAAAAAACUUGUCCCUCAAGACAAUGCAAGUGCACCCUCUAAAAGAAAACAUCAUAUUAAAAAUACAAAAGAAAUUUCAAAUAGAAAUAUACGAACAUCGAGCUCAAAGGAGAACAACAACUCUGAAAAGUCCCAGGUCUCGGAAUCAGUUUUCAAAAGCAUAUCUUUUCCAUCUGAUAAGCAAAAGAAAGCACCUGGCUUAAAAGAGAAGCAAAGAGACAAAGAUUUUGGCUCCUUUAGCAAGUGCAAAAGUAGAGAUCAAAGCAAAAAUAUGUGUAAGAAUUCCUCUGGAAGCCAAGAAAUGGACAGUAUCAAACACAUCUGCAAAGAAACUAAUGAGAGAGACAAAUCUUUAGAAAAGCACAGCUCCUCUCUAGGCAUCAACAAAAGUUCAAAAAAAGACCAUUCCUCUACAGCUAGCCGAAAAGAUUCAUCAUUCUUAAAAGCAGAGGAAUCUGGUGUGAAUCCAUCAGCUAAGCAAACAGACACUGAGCCAAAAACAACAUUGAAAUUGAAUUCUAGGUCCAAAAGCCCAGUCAAGUCUCCCAGCGGUGAUGAUUUUGAGCCUCCUACAAUGUCUUUUGAAUCGUACCUUAAUUAUGACCAGGUUUUAUGUAGAAGAAAGAGGAAGGCUUGUCCUGCAAAUGGGCCAGUGACAAACAAAAAAGUUUACUCAGCAUCUCAGAGAAGUGUGAUGUCUGCUGCUGAUGAGAAAGAAGGGAAAAAAUUAAAAGUGAAAGAUUGUUCAGAAACUCCCAGUAAAAAGGCCAAGACAUCACUCCAAGAUCUACUGAAUACUCCACUUCCUAAAGUUUUGCCAGAGAUAUCAAUAUCUUCUCCUCCAUAUGCUUCAGAAUUCAAAGCUCCACCAGCUGUGCAAGUGCCUGAGCAAAGAAGUGAAACUACUCCGUUCACAGGGCGGAGGUUGAACUCCAAAAUGCAGGUGUACUCCGGUUCUAAAACAGUCUAUCUUUCAAAAAUGCUAACACUGUAUGAGCAGUGCAUCCGGGUUCUUCAAAAUAAUAUUGACUCACUGCAUGAAGUUGGAGGAGUGCCCUUUGAAAUUCUUGAGCCUGUUUUGACCCGUUGUACACCGGAACAAUUGUUUCGAAUAGAGGAUUGCAACCCGACCUUUGUAGAAGAGUCAGGCCACCUGUGGAAGAAACACUGUCAAAGAGACUUCAGAAAUGAACAGCUCUUGGAAUAUGAAUCAUGGCGUGAAAUGUAUUUGAGGCUCUUCAGUCAAAGAGAAGAAAAACUGAAGUCCCUCACAAAAAGCAUUCUUUCAGCUCAGUCUGAAAAACCCAAAGGCCGCCAAGUUAAAAUGGCUUUUAUACAUGGCAUGGCAAAGCCUCCCAGAAACAUUCGCCGUCAGCAGGAAAUCUAUGGAACCGCGGGGCCUGUUGUUCAGCUUCAAUCUGAAACAAAGAAUGAAGAAAACAGGGAGAGAAGUAAUGCUUCUUCAGGCCUGAGCUCCAACAAAACCAGCAAUGUCGCAUCUACCAGCUCUUCUGUUUACUCCAAUGGACCAAAUCAGGAUGUGAAAAAGCUGACCAAAAGAAUUGCACCAAUGAUGAGAAAAUCACUAAGAGCCUUCAAAAACAGAGUUGGGCCACGGUAAAAUUUUCAUUCAAGAUUGAAAUGUAUCGUGCAGUAUUCCAGUUCUGUGGUAUGUCUUUCAUAUUAUAAUACAAUUUAAUGUCCAAUUUAAUCCUAUAAUAUGUCACCAUUAAAUAUCAAACUUUUGAAAUGGGUUUUGGUUUAUAGUGAUAUGGUUCUACGGGACUUUGCUUAAUGGUAACAAUUCAUAUCCUUUUUUUGCUACUUCAGAAUUGUAAAAUAUGUACAGUCUGAGCUUCAUGAAAUUUACUUUGUAUUACAUAUGGAAGGCAUUUAGUGUAAUGUGAGGAAUAAAAUGCAGAACUUCAA